CCCAUUUUUCAGUUGAACCCACAACCGCACACUACAUGCCUUCUCUCUCUAACAUCUUCAAAUCUGCGUUCGAAUCUGUUCUGAGCGAUUGAGCUUGAGAGAGAGAAUGGAGACGAUCAAUGAAAACAUGAUUAAGCAGUUAUACAAGCUAAUGGAAGAAGAAGUCGACGAGCAACAGAAGAACACUUUCAAGAACAUGCAUCAAGGAUAUCCAUUGGAAACUAUAAAGCGUUUUCUUCAAGCAAGAGAUGGAAAUGUCACUAAAGCGUACAAAAUGCUGCUUGAUUGUUUAAACUGGAGAAUACAAAGUGAGGUUGAUAAUAUAUUGGCUAAACCCAUUGUUCCUACUGAAUUGUACAGAGCUGUACGUGAUUCUCAGCUUAUGGGAAUGUCAGGUUACUCUAAGCAGGGAUUUCCUGUAAUUGCUGUUGGUGUAGGGCUUAGCACAUACGACAAAGCAUCUGUGCAACAUUAUGUUCAAUCACACAUUCAAAUGAAUGAAUAUAGGGAUCGUGUUAUCUUGCCAUCCGGAAUGAAUAAAUUUGGACGAUAUAUUGGCUCCUGCAUUAAGAUUCUGGAUAUGACUGGUUUAAAGCUUUCAGCCCUAAACCAGAUUAAGUUGUUGACAGUUAUCUCUAGCAUUGAUGACCUGAAUUAUCCAGAGAAGACAGAGACAUACUAUAUUGUAAACGCACCAUACAUAUUUUCAGCAUGCUGGAAGGUUGUGAAGCCACUUCUGCAAGAAAGAACAAGAAAAAAAGUCCAGGUUCUGCAUGGCUUUGGAACAUCUGAUUUGUUGAAGAUAAUGGAUUACAAUUCUCUCCCGCAUUUUUGUAAAAAGGAAGGGUCUGGAUCUUCACGAUAUGGCGCUGAUAAUUGUUUCGCAUUUGAUCACGCCUUCCAUCAGCAGCUGUAUGAGUAUAUUAAGCGUCAAGCUGUGCUCACGAAUUCAAGCAUCAAGGAAGGGUCGGUUAAAGUGGAGUUCCCAGAACCUGACCCGGACGAUAAAAAGAUUGCCAAAGUGAUAGAGUCGGAGUUUCAGAGGAUUGGGCAUCAGACUCGAUUUUCUCAAGUGAACAUAUCUUGAAGAAGACAAAAAUGGCUAAGGAUUAAUGUUUGAUUGAAUAAAAGGAGGGAAGGUGUCUACUCUCAAGAGUCUAAUGGGAUUGAUUACAUGUCAAGUAUCCCAAAAUAACUUAUAAAUGGCAGUUGUGUAAGUUAAAAAUAUAUAAGGGCAGUUUGAUUGCCACCUUGCCGGUUUGGGUUGUGGAAGCCCCUACAGGGUUGGUCAGCAUCCCAGACAAUUGGUUUAUAAAAUGUGUUGUACUUACUACUCAGUUGGAUGAUUAUGAUUGAAGCACCUGCAUAGCAUCUCCCAAGGAUUUGAAGACAGACAUUUGAAUGAACCAAUGAAGAAGGUUGGUAAACUUUUACAUACAACUUUAUAAGACAAGGGGGGCAAAACAAGCAACACACCAGCUUUACAAGGCAAGUAGACAAAAAAGAAGAAGAGUCUCCAAUCCUAUGCACACAAAAGUCUCAAACUCAGCCUGUCAAUUUUACAAAAACAAAAGGGCAAAAGGAAAACCAGAGGAGCUUCGAUUGAUGAUCAGAUUGGGUUGUUCUCACCGGGCAGAAAAGAUGGAGAUCCACUUUCUACUUGCUUCUUCUUCCUAUAAAACACGCCAGUUAGAUUAGAAACAAGCACUUUAUUGGUAACUGAUGUUUUCGACUUCUCCAAAUUCUUCUUUUUCUUUCCUCCUCCUGCUGCCACCACAACCACAGCUUGCUGUGGCUGUGGUUGGGGAGACAAUUUGGGCGAAGACACAAUAGCUGUUUCAGCCAGAAUUCUAGACGCAGCCUCCGCUGCUUUCUUCUGCUCGCGUUCUCUCCACCUUCUAAGCUCUCCCUCCACCGCCUUCUUGGCCGCCUCGGCCAUUUCCACCUUCUUCAAGGCCUCAUUAGUCAACAUUUUCGUCUCUUCAAUCUCUUUCGCCAUCAUCUCCAACUUCUGAACUGCUUCGUUCUCGCUCGCCUUCACCGCCUCCACUUGAGCCAUCGCAGCCGCCACUCUCAUCUCCGUCAGCCUGUCCCAUUCCUCCGUUUUUGCUUUCCCGCUCAAAGAUUCGAAUUCCUCUUUCGAAAUCGUUAUCUGCGCCCCCGAUUCAGAUGUGGACGCGCGAAGCCGCACCUCGCUUGCUCCGACAAUGUCCUUAUCUCAUCCAGAGCUCUUCCCUCCGCUGCUUUCGCUUCCCUCGGUUUCUGCCAACGCAACCGAUAGUUCGCUUUCCGUUCUUCUAAUUUAACUCUCGUCGCUUCUGACUCCAAACGAAGCUCUUCCGCUUUCCUCUUCAUUUCUUCCGCCUCGCGCCUCAUAGUCACACUCUCCGACGUUAGCUGAUUGAGCGUGGAAAUCAUUUCUUCCGAAACACCUUUAACUUUGGAUUCUUCCGCAAGAGCUGCCUCGAGCUCCAAUUUAGCCGCAAUUAGUUUCUCCUGUAAACCGUCUGCAAUGUUUUCGGUUUCGCCUUCCUUCUGUUGGAUCUCGGAAUGUUCUUUCUUAACAUUCUCCAGUUCAAUCUUAAGUGAUUCCAUUAAAUUUCUCAACGAGGUUUCCUCUUCCACAACUUUAUAGAGAGACUCCUUCGCAUCGUCGAGCUCCGACGUUACCCUCUUUCACGGACGUAACAUCUGCAUCUUUAGCUUUCUCAAUUUCCUCUUGCAGAGAUCCAAUCUCGGUUAGAGUAAGAGCCAACCGUGAUUCUAAACCUUUAGCAAGUUCAGGAUCAUACUCGUUCUUCAAGGAAGUUAAUUUCUUGGCCGACUCUUCGAUAGAAGCUUUAUAAUUUUGCUUACGGACAUCCUUUUCCGCAAAGAUCUUCUCUUGCUCUUCGAGCGAAUGGGAAGUGGCGAGCUUAACCUGAACCAACGAUUCACGAAGAUGGGUGAUUUCGUUUGAAAUCUCACUAGCUUUUGCGACGUUCAAUUCUACCGCGAGCUCCGCCUCUGACACAGUCUUGGCGGCGGCAGUUUUCGUUUCGAGUAGGAAAUCGCGGUCUUGGCGGAUUCGGCGUAGCUCUUUUUGGCAUUGUCGAGUUCGGCGGUGGCAGUCAUGUAUUUCUCUCUCGCGUUAUCCAAAUCCUCUUGUUUGAAACCGUCGAAACCACCACAGUUGCUGUUGGCUUCUUCAACCUGCCUAGCUUGAUCCCUAGAAGCUUCUAUGGACUUUACAGAUGAUUCCUUUGAAAUGCUGAUAGCUUUAAGCUUCUGGGUCAAAUCUUCGACAGUUCUCUUAGCCUUUUCAAGCUCGACUAGAGCUUGCGAUUUGGUGGUUUCUGCAUUGUUUAGUUGGUCCUGCAGCUUAUUCAACUCUUUCUGAGCUAAGUGAAGUUGUGUUUCCUUAGCAAACACCCUCUGUUGUUUGUAUGAAAAAUGCAUUAUUAAGAU